AUGCAGAUCGGCGAUAUGAGAAACGAGCAGGUUCCGACCGCACUAGAGAUACCACUGUACGGCGUUGAAUCAAUCAUGAUCCAGAAUGGAAAGCCGGUAAAUGAUCUGUUCAUGCACAAGGUUGAGAAUACCGGCACGAUAACGCUCUCGAACAACGCCAGAGAUUCUGUACCGGGUCACUCUGCGGAUAAGAAAAGCACAGGGGGGCGGGCACGCAACGUCAAGAGGAAGCGGCCCAGCGCUGAAAUGGAGGGCGAUGAGGAGCCUAAAUAUCAGUAG